UCUUUGAGCAUCUUUGAAAGAGCAGAUUCACUGAAGCUCUUAAUUUGAAGGUUACACACAUCUGUUGUAGGCAGUAACCGCCUGUGCGAUUUAUGCUGCAUAAUUCGCGUAGGUGCAGUUGAUCCAGAAGAACAAGUUGACUGCUGCAAAAAUGAACUUUGCUAUUCGACCUGCAACAAAAGCAGACUGUAAAGACAUAUGGCGACUGCUCAGGGAUUUGGCAAUUCAUGAAAACAUGCUCAACCAUAUGAUGGUGACUUACGAAGAACUGGAGCGGGAUGCUUUCAGUCAGAAUCCCUGGUUUGAAUCCCUUGUGGCAGAAGUACCAGAGGAAAAUAAAUCUAAAGAAGGAUUUAGAACCGUUGGUCUUGCAGUUUACUUUUACUCAUACAGUACAUGGAAAGGACGCACAGUUUAUUUGGAGGAUUUGUACGUGAUGCCAGAAUUCAGAGGACUUGGCAUUGGAAAUAAUUUGCUGAGCACACUUGCUAAGGUGGCGAGAGAAAAACAAUGUGUGCAGUUGGAGUUGAACGUGCUCGGCCAAAACAUUAGUUCCCGAUCCUUCUAUGCUGCUAAAGGAGCUGAGGACAUAACUGUCAGGGAUGAUUGGCACAGGCUACGUUUUGAUGCACAAAGUCUAAACAAUUUAGACUUUUUGGAAAAUGGAAGAAAGGGCAAUUUAAUGUAAUUUCCUCCUUGUGUAUAUACAUAUAUAUGUACAAAGAAAAAUAAACUUGAAAUACUUUUCAGCUUACCGUUGCACUCGAGACGUCUGCUGCAAUGGCUUUUUGGGUGUAAUACAUUCAAAACGCACCAGAGGGCGCUACUGCUUAACUACACAAAUAAUGUAUUGUUUUGAAAAGCUGUUGUACGGAUAUACGUUGAGCUUUUGAGCGGACGGAAGUUACUUAUUGAUUAAAUACGUGUUGCAACUGGCAAAUAUGGACGUUAAGAUACGUGUCGCUACCAAAGGAGACUGCAAAGACAUAUCAAGAUUGAUAAUGAACUGCAACGUGAUGGUUUCAGCCAGAAUCCCUUGUUUGAGUGUCUUGUUGCAGAGGUAGCAGAUGAGAAUAAAUCUAAAGAAGGAUUCACAAUUAUUGGUUAUGCCCUUUACUUUUACAUCUACUGCACAUGG